CACCCACCGCUGUCGUCGCAAAACGACACCCAGAGACGCCACCUUCCUCCUACCGCCGCCAUGGCUUCCGCCUCGCCGUCGCCGGACUCCACCACCGUCUCCGACCACCAUCGGAAAGUGGUCGCGUCCCUCCCUCCCCCUCCGUCCCCGGACAUCGGUGAGAGGCCGACGCAUGCCAGGUUCCUGGUGUCGGACGCAGAGGCGGGGCUCCUCAUCGGCAAGGCCGGGUCCGCCGUCCGCGCCGUGGAGGCCCGCUCCGGGGCCCGGAUCAUGUUCUCCGCCCAAGGCCAGCACCUCCCCGGCACCGAAUGCAGGGUCCUCCUCGUCUCCGGCCUCUUCCGCACCGUCAUGGACGCCGCAGAGCUCAUCCUCGAGAAACUCGUCUGCCACUGCCAGGGUGACAGUGUGACCGAUGGCGGCGCUCAGGCCAGCGUCGUGCUGGUGGUGCCCGACGCCUGCUGCGGCGCGCUCAUCGGCAAAGGAGGACAAGUCAUCAAGUCGUUGGCUCAAGAGUCAAAUGCUGGGAUCAACAUAUCACCCCGUGACAUCUGCUACGGCCAGCAUGAUAGGCUGGUUACCAUUACAGGACAGCUUGACAAUCAGCUGCAGGCCAUAUUUUUUAUACUCUCAGAGUUACUGGAUGUCAUCCACUACUCGUGCUCUGAUGCAGGCGUCAAUUUUUCAAGUUAUCCUGUUUCACCUGUUGGGUGUGAAGAUGGAUAUGUCAAAAGAUACAACAGCAAGCCUACCACGUCCCCGAGAUCAUCUGUCAACAACAGUGAUGAACAAGAGUCUCUCACUAUCACUGUCGCAGACAAGCAUGUCGGCGCUAUCGUCGGCCGUGCCGGGAGGACCAUAAAGGAGAUCGAACAGGUUACCGGCGCAUUCAUCAGGAUCUCGGGCAAGGGGGAUAUCAUACAUGGGACAAAUGACAGCAGGAAGGUGGUGAUCAGAGGGACAUUGGAGGCACUUAAUGCUGCGGAGGCAAUGAUCAUGCAACUGGUCUGCGAUACCGGUCGCCAGCUGGACGGUGGUGACAGGAAGCCUCUCGAGCAACCUAACACAUCCAUGAGGUCGCCCGAUAACAGCAAUGACACUUCUGUCCCUGACAAGCACGUGAGCACUGUCAUCGGCCAAGCUGGGAGGACCAUCAAUAUCAAACAGGCAAAGGCGGAUAUCAUAGCUGGGACUCAUCAUGACAGGUUGUCGGAUGCCGAGCUUGAGAAGUUUGGUCCUUAUUUUCCUCACCUUGUAGACAAGUUCAUAGAUGCGAUCGCCAAGGAUGUGAAAGAAAAAUCAAAUGAUGACAUGGAUUACAAGAGAGGUUAUCAACAACAAACCAUUGAGUAUGCAAACAGUGCACUGAAACGGUAUAACUGUGCCAACAAUAAAACGGCCGGCGACUAUGAACUAGUUGAAGCAAUUUGUAGCUGUGGAAUAAUGGAUACAAAGGGAGUGUAUGGUCAUGCAAACUUCACUGCAAGGAACAACUCGAAUUCAAAAGUUGAUUUCUUCUUCGCGGAGUUAUUUUGGGACAGCAAGAAGGAUAGCCUUGUAACUACAUGUGUAGUUUCACUGGAAGAGGAGGAGAGAGUUGGUGGGUUUCGUGGCAUGGAGGGUAUCAACUACAGGGAUGGAAUGAAUAUACGUGUUGAUCCUCAGCAUUGCUAUGCUUGCCGUGCAGAUUUAAAGCACCCCGUGGAUGGAGGACUAUAUGAGAUUGGCCAUAAAGCAAUGAGCGAGUGCUAUGGUUAUGAUUCUUAAAUACAAUACCAUCUGUAUGCCGCUUAGAAGCGAAGUAUAUACAUACACAUCAUCUGCUUUUUCAAGCUGGGAUUGUUCAAGCUGCUUCACAACUACUAACUUUAUGUUUAGCAAUUCAUAUUGUGAUGCAUGAUUUUUUUUAGCAAGUUC